UUUGUCAACGGCGCGUCCCCGCAUCAGAGUGGCACUUACAGCUCGCGCACCACCUGUCGCUCAUCUUCUCCGUCCUGUUUUGUAGCUGUUGAAGCUGCGUUCGCUCCCUACCAAACCUUGACUAUCUCGUCAAGAUGCAGUCUUUACUCGCAUUCCUGUUCACGUUCCUUCUGCUGCCCAUCCUGGGUUUCGCCCAAAUAAGUGACAAUGACGGGUACACGGGCUACAAGCUCGACAUCAGGCAGGAUGGCGACCCGCUUGCAAUGGUCUACGAGACCGAGAACACGAAUAACAACGUGUCGGCAUUGGUCCCUGAGCCCGAUGUGUUCCUGAAUGCUUCAGUGCACGUCGGCGAGAUCCAUAUCGAAGUGCAGAACCUUACCGCGAAGAUCAACCUCGAUGCCCAAGUUCUGCAACUCCUCUCCUUCAACGCCGGUGUCGACCUCUCCAUCCAGAGAGUGAACCUGUUGAUCCAGAACGUCACCGCAAAGGUGCUCCUCGAGGCGCGUCUCGCCAACCUCGUUCUGAUGAUCAACGACACCCUCAGCUCCAUCGACUUGAACCCCAUCAUCGCCGAGCUGGGCAACGGCCUCGGCACCAUCAUCAACUCGACCUCAGGCCUCAUCGGUGACGUCACCGACGGCGUGACGGGGUCCCAAAAAGCCAAGCGCAGCGACUUCGACAUUCAGCAGUUCCAGCUCGCCAACAACAUCCUCUACUCGGUCGACGACUACAGUGGCAACACGCACACGAACCGCAUCCUUGCGCAGAACGGCGACCUCGUCGACCAGAAGCUCGACAACAGGGGCGUCGUCUCCGGCAGCACCGUCGUCGGCAACUACGCGCAGAACAUGCGCUUCAAUGGCUUCAACGAGAGCGUCACGUUCAAGGGCCAGGAGGUCUGGGAGGAGGAGUACGUGUACGAGCCGUACCCGGGCUUCAUGGCCAUCAGCGGCAUCUUCAAGAGCAAGAGCUCGGGCGCGGUGGUCGGCACGCAGGUGAUUGCGGAGGCGCGGGGGGGCGGUUCCGCGACGAUUGGGUCCAAGGAGCAGACGGGCGCAUGAGCUGGGGUUCCGGCAAAUUAGCUGCAGUAUCUAGGCGAUUGAUGAAUAGUAAUGUCUGAUAUCCAGG